CGAUUUUUAGGGGACUAUUGUCUUACGACUUGCAGCACCCUUUCUAUCUAGACUCCGAUCAAACCCAAGUACGUGUCCUCUGCUGACUAGCAGCACAUGUCAUCGAAUCGCGGCUACAGAAGUCAACGACAAAUUCACACCUCGCCGCGAUAAGCCUCCACGCACUAUUAUCAUGGCCAAGGAUCCGAAAUUUGGCAUGAAACUCCUCUUGAAUAUGUACUUCAGCUAUGCGGCGUGGAAAUCUUACCCAAAGCGAAAGGCUGCGACUCAACACAACGAAGUCGAAAGCCAAUUUUAUCGGCUCCCGGUCGAGGUCCUCGUCUUGAUCGGCGAUGAGCUUUCGCCUCUUUCUACCCUAAGGAUCCGCCAAACAUGCAGGAAACUGCGAUAUAUCUUUCCGCCGGAUCUGGGGCUUUAUCCGCUCAGCGAAAUGGAUUGGGAGAUCUCCUCCUUGGAAAGAGCACCUCCACCCGCUCCAGAAUCGAGCGGCAACAUAUUACCAAUUGAACCAAUACCUCUAACUUACAGAAAUCAACCUCCCAUCUUCCGCAUCUGGUGCAGCGCAUGCACGAGCCGUCACCCUGCCUAUCUCUUCUCUGUCAAGCAACGAUCAUGCCCUCCCCUUGAACGCCUCUGCCUGGGAACGGAAAACAAAUUCCGCCUCUGCGGGCACAAGAGCUUUACGCACAAAGAGCUAGAGCUCUUGAUCACACCUGGAGGAGAAUACACCUGCAAGCACGAAGACCAUCUUGUGGAAAGCGACAUAGUACGAGGUCGAUACUACCCGUCUAUUUCCCUACCCUUAACUCAACUUUCUAGCGAUGGUGUUACCAUGAUCCCGGAAGAUUACCGUUCCGAUUCCUGGCUUCCAAUAACGCGCAUUCCUGUCGGCACUGCAACUUCGGAAUCCAUGGCAAAAGUGCAGAUUGCGCUGGGCGAAUUGGGAAAAGCUGGCGUGGAAAUAUGCCCGCAUAUACGUCCUAAUGAUGACUCGGUCCUAGAAGCUGUCAAGAAGGCUAUUGUGCAGGAGACGCACCGUACGGAUUGGAGUGGGACAGACAGCCGAGCGGGUUCCCGUGACCUUCUCUUUUACGUCAUUAAUAGGACAGUGAACCACAGAAAAUUGCUUUGCAAGACGAUCAACUGUCAUUGCUGGGUCUACAUAUACAAGUAUCGCCCGCUGAUAAAUGAGGGCUGGGAGUGGAUUGUGCUUCACGCAAGCAAAAGGUGGAAACGCUCAACACCAAUAGAGGAAGAAUGGAUAGGCACGGUGUCUUCUGAAUGGAUAGGGUUGAAUCAGUACCCUGGGCGCCGUCAUCUGUACUGGAUGAGAUGGGAGCAAAAUUUAAACGACGAUCCCAUCGAUGGCGAUUGGUUCAAGGAACAGCAUGAAUUGAUAUUCAAUCAAGCCAUGGUUGACCUGAAGGCAGAUUGUCGAGCGGAGUAAGACUUUAUUUUAUCAAAGAAUGGCUUGCCAGGUACCUACAGUGACAGGUCAUAAGUCUGUGCACACGCGUUAACCACCACUUGGGGUACCCCCAUGAGGUUUCAAAAACCUAGGCGCGAUGUCAAAAUACCUAGGCGCGGUUCGAAGAAACACAUCAAGGCUGUGAAUGUGUUUGGUGGCAAAGACUGAAGACUGAUUUCUCAACUUUAAAUUUUUUAGUCCGAAAUAAACAUUUAAGGUUCCGAAGGCUUCGUGACGCUCCCUUGCCAUGGAUAUAUGUACACUAGUUUACAAAGGUGCGAUUGCUUGAAGUUUCUCAAUACAGUGCCCACGCCGGGUGAGCUGAAUUCAACUUUGCUCGCACUGCAUGGCUAUUCACAUAUUGUCAGACUGGCUCGGAAUUUAUGCUACGGCAAUAGCAAGAUCGGUAUAAUAU